UUUCUGUAGAUUGUCUCAUGAAAGAGAAAGGAAGCACAGAAACAGCUAAAUAUCUGCAGGAAAAGUUGAGACAAGAAAUGGAGGAACACAUCAGAGAAGGUAAAGGCAGCGCAGAAAAGGUCCAGGAGCGGGUAACCAGAAUCCAACAGCUGAAGGAAGCUCUGAGAGAGGAAACACUGAAGAAUGGGAAUGUUUCAGAAAAGUCCCAAUUCUGUCAACAAUCUCAGUUGGAAUACAAUGAAGCGCAGGAGCGGAGGAGGCAACUUAAGGAGGAUCACACAAGAUUAAUUCAGGAGGAGGUGGCGAAGAUGGAGAGAGACUUGGCGCAGGAGCAGCCGCCGACAGAAAGCCCUCAGAGGGAGCUGCUGGUGCUGAGCAGAGAGAGGCAGGUCCUGGUGAUGCAAAUAGAGGCGCUUCGUGCCGAGGCCCAGCAGGCAGAAAGCGACCUUCAGGAUCAGCAUCACAGACACCAAACGGAGCUGCAUUGUUUGAGGGAAGAGAGCCUGCAGGUGUUCAGGGCGUUUCGUCAAGUUAGCGAGGAGCAGAGGAAGAUUUCAGAGGGAAGAUAUAGGAGUGUGCUGCUGGAAGCUGUGCAGGAUGCCAUCUACCUGUCGGCUCAGAAUCAGCAGCUGCAAGCUGAAAACAAGGAACUUCGAAAAGCACUGGGGGAGAUUAAAGACGCUCUUGCUGUGCGAGGAGAUCCUGUGACUGACCUGAUAAACCAGCAUCAAUGAGUCUCAUACUGAAAACGCGUGUUGGUAAAUGGUUCAG